AAAAUGCGUUUCUCGCUCCUCGCGCUUGUUGUUGCUUUGACAGCAUCUAUGUCUGUCAGUGCAUGUGCGACCGUAGGACAAUUAUGCGAAACGAGCAAUUGCUGCAAUAACUUGACUGUGCCCCUUAGGGAGGAAAUUUGGUCUGCCAGACGCGAUCCUAGCCUGCUUAAAAUUAAUCCGGCAGCUCGAGCGGCACGUCGCGAUAGUGAGUCGUGUUUCUGCUCUCGCCUUUUUAUCAUGGUUGAUGGUGUAAUACCUAGUUCGGAGCCGAUCAGUACAGCACAGUACAGUACAGUUGUUUUUGGAAAAAUUUCGCACUGUUCGAGGAAUAUUGAUAUUUGUGAAUACUAUCUGAAUGGUCGACUGCGUGCCUAGUCUUGCAACAACCACUUUGUUGCUGAUCGCAUUCAUGACAGAUGUGUUGAAGCCCAAGGAAGAGGAUGAUUUA